UUAAAUUCUGCUAUGCUGUGGACAAUGUACUUCUAUCACUGAAUAAUCUUUAAUAAUCUUGAAGGUUUGCAAACAACAAUGCCAAACUUAAAUCUUGAAUAUGAUUAUGCCAUUAUGCUAUUAUUUAUCUUUCAUCAAUGACAAUGACCUAUUUUCACUCGUAGAUUCAUGCUAUAAUGGAUUCUAAGUUAUCAAGUUGAUUGAUCAUUUUCACUCAUAGUUUGUGUAUGCUAUAAUGGGUCUAUCUAUUCUGGCUCACUGCCUUUUUUGGGGUUUCCUCAUGAAUUCUUCAAUAAAAUUUUAAAUUGCCUUCAAAUCAAUUUAACAUGCUCCUCAGCUAAAGUUAUUUGAUUGUCACAGUUAUUUGUUCUGAAAAGGAAGGUAUUAACAUAAUGCAUGAAGUAAUAUUAUGUAUGCAUGAAGUAAAUUUGUUUGGCUCCUGCUGAUAUUCACUGAUGUUAUACAAGAUUAUUACAAUAUUAUUUUCUUUCUUUUGUUUUUGUUCAGGAUAUUUGCUGAACUUCGCAACUUUGCUUGGACAGUAUUGUGACAUAUGACCAUGAGAACAUGCUUCAACAUCACCGAGAAAAGAAAGAAGACGGAGCAGCUGAGCCAGAAGCUGAUCCUGAACGAGAUCAAAGAACCGUAUUUGCUUAUCAGCUUUCUUUGAAGGCAGAUGAAAGAGAUGUUUAUGAAUUUUUCUCAAAAGCAGGAAAGGUGCGUGAUGUUCGCCUCAUAAUGGAUCGGAAUUCUAGACGUUCUAAAGGAGUUGGGUACAUUGAGUUCUAUGAUGUAAUGUCAGUCCCAAUGGCGAUAGCUCUUUCAGGCCAACUUCUCCUUGGUCAGCCAGUUAUGGUGAAACCCUCAGAGGCUGAGAAAAACUUGGUUCAGUCAAACACAACUGCAGGAGGAACAGGGCUAACUGGACCAAAUUCAGGUGCUGCUAGACGGUUAUAUGUUGGUAAUCUUCAUUUGAACAUAACCGAGCCUCAACUUCGCCAGGUCUUUGAACCAUUUGGACAAGUUGAGCUAGUUCAAUUGCCCCUUGAUCCGCUUACCGGGCUUUGCAAAGGCUAUGGUUUUAUACAGUUUGCUCGUCUUGAAGAUGCGAGAGCUGCACAGAGUUUAAAUGGGCAAUUAGAAAUUGCUGGCAGGACAAUAAAGGUUUCAGCUGUGACGGAUCAAACUGGAGUUCAAGAUACUGGGACAAAUGCUGCUGAUCUUGAUGAUGAUGAAGGCGGAGGCUUGUCUCUCAAUGCUAGUUCCAGAGCACUUUUGAUGCAGAAAUUGGCAGGCACUGCUGGCAGUAUUCCUGGAACUCUUGCUGCUCCUGCUGCCAAUCCUGCCCUUCUCACUCCAGCUGCAUCAAUUCUGGGUCCUUCUAUGAUUCCUUCAAUUCUACAGCCUUCUGUACCUCCAUUUGUAGGCCUUCCAACUUCAGGUCUGCCAGUUGCUUCAACAGCUGCAGCUCCUCCUCUACAUACUGCUGGGGUCCCUAGUGAAUGUUUACUGCUGAAGAAUAUGUUUGAUCCUACUGUGGAGAGUGAACCAGAUUUUGAUUUAGACAUUAAGGAGGAUGUGCAUGAUGAAUGCUCCAAGUUUGGAACAGUAAAGCACAUUUACGUGGACAAAAAUAGUGCUGGGUAUGUAUAUCUCCACUUUGACGAUGUAACCUCAUCCAUGAAAGCACAGAACGCACUUCAUGGGAGGUGGUUUGCUGGAAAGAUGAUCACUGCAACUUACAUGGCCCCCCAGCAGUAUAUGGCAAAAUUUCCAAAUGCUAGCUGAGAUCAUAUCAAAAGGAGACAGAAUAGCUAGUAGGCAUGGAAGAAAGUUUCGUGGUUCAUUAGACAAACUCAGGUGCUCCAAUUUCUAGUUGAAAGAUGUUUUGUCUUUUGAAGCUCUCGGUAUCAUAGAAUUUUCCAUUUUUCUCCACAUUAUUGAACACUUUCUAAGAGCCUGAUACCAUAACCUUGGGACUUUUUUUUAUGUAUAAUCUUCCUUCGCUCGUCGAGUACUGAUAGUUUAUCAUCCCGGGGUGCCUAGGGUUCCUGAGCGAGUCAUUUGCAACUACUGUAAUCUUGAUUGUUGUACUGAUGAAAUGAUUAGUGGAUUAAUUAUCUUGGAUGUAUGCAUUGAUGAACUAAUUGUUACUAGUAGAAACCAUUUGUUAAA